CAACAUACUAAACCAUCAUCAUGUCUGGACGAGGAAAGGGAGGAAAGACAAAAGGAAAGGCAAAGAGCAGGAGUUCAAGGGCCGGACUUCAGUUCCCAGUUGGUCGUAUCCACCGUCUGUUGAGGAAGGGAAACUAUGCCGAGCGUAUCGGAGCUGGAGCGCCAGUAUAUCUUGCAGCCGUCAUGGAAUAUUUGGCAGCCGAGGUCCUCGAGUUGGCAGGCAAUGCAGCCCGUGACAAUAAGAAAUCCAGGAUCAUCCCUAGACAUCUCCAACUCGCCAUCCGUAAUGACGAAGAGUUGAACAAGCUUCUCUCCGGUGUCACCAUCGCCCAAGGUGGUGUGUUGCCAAACAUCCAGGCUGUCCUUCUCCCCAAGAAGUCUGGAAGCGCCAAGAAGUAAACACUUUUGUGCAUUCGACAACUUAACAACGGCCUUUCUAAAGGCCACAAUAUAUUUUAAAAGAGAUAAUCGUUACCACAUAUUUUCGCUUGUAAAUAACCAAUUUAUUUAAUAAAACCUCCUAAAAUGAGAUCAAUGACACAGAUAAUACACUAAACAAAUAAUACAUAAUGCACAAAAAUACAAUGCCAAUACCCUACUACCAAUAAUAUAUGAGAAAAGGGCCAAUACCCUCCCCGAUUCCCACAGUGCGAUAUAAUGGCCUUUCUAAAGGCCACAGUAUACUCGGGUUUCGCACGCCCACCGUCCACUGUACAAUCCAAUAAGCCAGUGUAUGUGUUCAUUUUUGACGGGUCACGACGGAAGUAAGUUUCUUGAUUGAUUGACCAGCAUCAUCAAUGGCAAUAGUGGGCCUAAAAUGUCCCCCAUUACGGGCCUAGAA